AACACGCGAAGAAGAAGUGGGGGCGGAAGUGACGACCAAGGCGGAAGUUGUCGCUAGAGAAAACAACAACGCGCCAAAUUUGUGGCAAAUACAGUGUAGUGACACAUGGAGAAGUUAGUCUAAUCUUUGCGAAUACAUUUGACAAGAGGAAGGCUGUGCAGCAUGGCUGUGCCUUUCGUGCAGGACUGGGACCUCGUUCAGACAUUGGGGGAAGGAGCCUAUGGAGAGGUGAGGCUGCUGGUGAACAGACAGACGGAGGAGGCGGUGGCAGUGAAGGUGAUUGAUACCUCUCAGGCUAAAGAGUGUGCUGAAAAUGUCAAGAAGGAGAUCUGCGUGCACAAGACACUCAACCACACCAACAUCGUGCGUUUCUUUGGCCAUCGGAAGGAAGGUCCGACUGUCUACCUCUUCCUGGAGUACUGCACCGGAGGAGAGCUGUUCGACCGAAUUGAGCCUGAUGUGGGGAUGGCAGAGAAAGAUGCUCACAGAUUUUUCCAGCAGCUAAUAGCAGCAGUGGAAUACCUCCACAGUGUUGGCAUCACCCACAGAGACAUCAAGCCAGAGAACAUUUUGCUGGAUGACAAAGACAACCUGAAGCUUACAGAUUUUGGAUUGGCCACCAUGUUUCGCUUCAAAGGACGAGAGCGUCUUCUGAAUCGACUGUGUGGGACUCUUCCUUACGUGGCUCCGGAGCUUCUCAGCCAAACAGAGUACAAAGCGCAGCCUGCAGAUAUCUGGGCCUGUGGGAUAGUCCUCACUGCCAUGCUGGCUGGAGAGUUGCCUUGGGAUCAGCCCACUGAGAGCUGUCAGGAGUAUUCAGAUUGGCUUCAAAAGAAAACAUACCUACCUCCUUGGAAGAAAAUACAGCCAGUACCUCUUAGUUUGUUGUCCAAAUUACUGCUGGCCAGUCCAGAUGCACGCAUCACCAUUGCAGACAUACAGAAAGACCGCUGGUUCACUCAAGGUGUAAAGCAGCCACCUCUGAGCUCAGGUGGAAACAAACGUCCUCGGUCGGAUGCAGGACUGAUAUCACGGGCCAACAGUGAUGACAGGAUGCAGUUUUCCAGCUCUCAGCCUGAUUUUGCACCAGGUGGCUGGGAAGCCAUGUUGCUAAUUAGCCAAACCGAAGGUCAAGUCAGUUUCUCUCAGCCAACCAAGCCAGAGCACAUGUUGCUGGGUAGUCAGCUGCUGGGCACACCGGGAGCCAGUCAGUCACAAUGGCAGAGAUUAGUGCGGAGAAUGACGCGUUUCUUCACAACCGUGAGUGCUGACGCCUCCCUCACUGCCCUGAACGUUGCCUGUGACGGCCUGGCACUUGGCUUCAAACUUACCUGCAACAAACAGGUGACAGUGAGUACGCUGGACAAACGCAAUAACAAACUCAUCUUCAAAGUCCAUUUGCUUGAGAUGAAUCAGAGAGUUCUGCUGGACUUCAGACUGUCAAAGGGCGAUGGUCUGGAGUUUAAACGUCUCUUUGUGAAAAUAAAACAGAAGCUCGGUGACAUCAUCAGCACGCACAAGAUCACAUAGGGAGCCGCUAGAGACAAGUGCACGCUGCUGUGGACAUGCUGUGCUGAGGACCUGUGUAUAUAUUUAGCUGUUCCACUGAUAUUUUAAAUGUAUUCUUCUGUUCUCUUCAAGUGUGUUGUCUUGGUUUUCUUGCACCUCUUUUCUUGUGGGAACCAGUUUAGUAUUUGAUGUCAGAAGGAUGGACAUUUUAUAAAAACUCUGUCGUCGCUUUUAUAAAGGGUUAGUUAUUAGGUUUGUUAGGUAGGUAUAUGUAGAGACAGUGUAUGUCUGUCCUCGUUCAGCCUUUGAGAAGACUCAUUUGUUCUGAUUAUGUUUACCAUGAAACAGUCUGAAGUCUUGAAUAAAUUAUUAAAAGAG